UAAAAGACGUUUCCAGCCUUUUGGUUAGCAAUCUGGUGGGAGAGGUUAUCAUGGAGAGAGCUGUGUUUAACGUCACCUCUGUGCUGCUGCUACUGGCUUUGGUUACCACUCUGCCAAGCAAGGAGGACUGGGACAUCUACAGCUUUCACAUCAACUCCACAGUGACCAGUCGUUAUGCCACCACUGUCAUUACAAGCCGUGUGGCCAAUCGCAUGGACGAGUCCAAAGAAAUAGAGUUCCAUGUCCGGAUUCCCAAGAAUGCCUUCAUCAGUAAAUUCAGAAUGUUUAUUGAUGGGCAGCUGUACGAUGGUGCUGUGAAAGCAAAGGAGCAAGCUCAGCAAGAGUACACUCAGGCUGUGUCCAGUGGCCAGAGCGCAGGGAUGGUCAGUUCUGUUGGGAGGACCCUAGAGGAAUUUAAGACUUCUGUGAAUGUGGCUCCUCACAAAAAGGUGACCUUUGAACUCACAUACGAGGAGCUGCUGAAACGCCGGAUCGGCAAGUACGAGCUGCAAAUCCACGCUCGCCCCAUGCAGCCUGUCAGAGACUUCAAGGUGGAUGUGUAUAUUCAAGAGAAAGCCGGCAUCAGUUUCAUUAAAGUUCAAGGAGGACUGAGCACCAAGGACCUGGCUAAUGCCAUCACCAAAACACAUGCAGAUAAAGAGGCGUGGGUGCAUUUCUACCCCACCGAGGACCAACAGAAAACAUGUGACAGCUGUGGAGAGCAGGGUAUGAAUGGAGAUCUGGUUGUUGUGUAUGAUGUGAACAGAAACGCCUCGUUUGGAGACAUUAAGCAAAGUUCGGAUGGGUACUUUGUUCAUCACUUUGCUCCAUCUAAUCUUUCCCGAAUAUCCAAGAACGUCGUUUUCAUCAUUGAUCAAAGUGGUUCCAUGCAUGGCAGAAAAAUUCAACAGACGAGAACAGCAUUACUCCAAAUCUUGAGUGAUCUGGCAGAAGACGACUACUUUGGUCUCAUCACCUUUGACCGCGAAAUCUUUCACUGGAAACGAGAACUUGUUCAGGCCAGCCUGGAAAACCUGGGUAGUGCCAAGGAAUUUGUAAAGAGUAUAAACGAUAGAGGAGCCACGGACAUUAACCUGGCAGUGUUGGAAGGAGCCCGUAUGCUGAAUGCACAUCCCAGAGAAGGUUCAGCAUCGAUCCUGAUACUUCUCACUGACGGAGACCCAACUUCAGGGGAGACAGAUCUGGGAAGAAUAAAGUCAAAUGUAAAGGAGGCCAUUGCAGGCAAAUUCCCACUCUACUGUCUUGGUUUUGGUUAUGAUGUCAACUUUGAGUUCCUGAAGACGAUGUCGCUGCAGAACGAUGGAGUGGCGCGGCGGAUCUAUGACGAUUCUGAUGCUGAUAUACAGCUGAGGGGUUUCUAUGUAGAGGUGGCCACUCCACUGCUGACAGAUGUGACAAUGAUAUAUUUGGGUGGGACCAAUUUGACCCAGACAAACUUCAGCCAGUAUUAUGAUGGCUCUGAGAUCGUGGUGGCCGGUCAGAUCACUGACAACAACGUUGAAACCUUUAUUCCACAAGUUGUGGCCAUCUCUCGGAAUAGCAAGGUGACAUUUUCGGAAACAAACAUGACUGAAAUAGUGCCUGACGACCACAUCCAGAGGGUUUGGGCCUACCUCACAGUCAAGCAGCUUCUGGAGAAAGAGCUGCAGUUGUCUGGACCGGAGAAGGUCAAGGUGAAGGAGGAGGCCUUGGAGCUGUCGCUGAAGUACAGCUUUGUGACCCCACUUACAUCCAUGGUAGUGACCAAGCCUCAAGGAGAGAGAACAGAUGUGCUCCAUAAACCAAAGGAAGGUGGUACAGACAGAGAUGAGCAGAGUUCUGGAAGAGUUUCUGCAGGAAGUUUUGGAGGAGGAGGUUAUGGAAGAGGUGGUUCUCAUAGGACGAGUGGUAUCACAAUGGGUCAACGUCCAAUGCACUAUCGUCCUAGGCGCCCUGGAGCAGCACAACCUCAUUAUCCAAUGCAUCCUGGAGCAGGACACCCUCGUCCUACUAUGGUCUCUGUAGAAGCUGGGCUUCUCCUAGAUCACGGUCUGCAAAGGCUUUACGACGCUUUGGUGGUGCAAUCAGUUCCUGUCGCAGCACACCCUCCUACUGCUUUGCACCCUGGAGCAGAUUGGGCUUUCGAUUUGUCUAUAGACCAUUUUCCUCCUACAAUUGUGACAGCUACUGCUACUCCUACUACUACUGUUGCUGCUCCUCUUUCUCACAGGUUUUUGCUGAAAGCUGAAAAUCAGUCUAUUCCACUGUGCUUUGACGUCACUGGAAAUGUACGGCUUAAACUACUUCACAGUCCCAGCAGGGAGCUGUUUGUGAACGGUGAGCUGGACUCAGUUGCAGAUGGGGGCUUCACAAAGAUCGUCAUCCGGGUCAAACCUGACCUGUACAUUGACAUUGACGUCAAUGAAAUCAUUGUACGAGAUGGACAGACACUGACACACUACACUGGAGAGGAGCAAAUCACAGCUGGAAGUGUGACGGUGAUUAAACGGAACAAGGAAGUCGAUGUCGCUACUGGGGACAUACGAAUUGUCAUCUUACUUCAUGAGAGGCACGGUGAAAAAUUCCUCUGGCCGGUUUUAAGGCGGCGUCCAUCUGACAACAACGCUGAAGGAAUUUUAGCUGUAAAACCUGCGGUUUAUGAGGAGCUGCAAACUUCCCCUUUCAGGCUUCAGAUCAAUGGGCAGGAGGUGGAUGUUGGCAGAUCCGAUGCUGUUGACUACAGUAUUGCCCGUGCCCCUAAACGGGGUUGCUGGCUUGUCUCUGCCGUUGCUGCCCUGCAGAGACCCCUGGAUGACUUCAAAGUCGAACAGCUUUAAGUCAGAGCAACGCUGUAUCUAUUGAGAAGAUCAUCCACCUGUGAUUAUCAACAUAAAUGAAUAAAUGGUGUCCCAGA